CUUUAGGCGCGAGCGGUUUAAAGUCGGUUGGUAUCGGUUCGGCCGCCGAGGUGCCGUCCCACCGCCCAGCCCGCUCCAUGGCGGACCCGGAGGAGCUGCGGCUUUCCCCGCAGCCGCCGUUCUUCUCUGCCUCGUCUUCAGACUCGUCUUCAGCAUCUUCCCCCGGCACCCCGGGGGAUUGGGGCCGGCCGGUUCUGAACAGGAACAGCGGCUGGCCGGUGGACCCGCUGGAGGAGGUGGAGCUGCAGAUCGGAGACGCAGCAUUUUCAUUAACCAAACUUCUUGAAGCUGCAUCUGCAGUAUCAGCUCAAGUGGAAGAGCUUGCCUUCAAAUGUACAGAAAAUGCACGUUUCCUUAAAACAUGGCAGGACCUCUUGAAAGAAGGCUAUGAUUCCUUGACACCUGACAGCUGAUUUGACUGUAAUAAUCCAUACCACCUGGUUUAUUGUCCUAUCCACACAUGUACCGUGUGGAUAGGUUAAUCACCAGCAGUUCUGUAUACAGAAGAUGAAAUCUUUC